AUGGACCUCUGCGUCGGGCUAUUCUUGAUAUGUUUUAUCCUCAGUGGCAUGGAAAUAUCGAGCGCUAUGAUGAGGAACGAUCGUGCUGAUCAGCCGGAGUGCGGUCGUCCCGCAGCUUCGCAGAGGCAACCGAGGGAGGUCCAGCCGAGGCGGCUGUCCUUGACGAAGACAACCGGGAGAAUUUUCAAUGGGAAGCCGAGCAAGAGGGGGUCGUGGCCCUGGCAAAUUUCACUGCAACUACUUCAUCCAAAACUUGGGUUCAUUGGACACUGGUGUGGAGGAGUGCUCGUCGAGCAGUCGUGGGUGCUCACUGCUGCCCAUUGUGUUCAUAAUGAUCUCUUCAAUCUUCCGAUUGGCGCCCUCUGGACAGCAGUAGCCGGGGAAUGGGAACUCGACUCUGGAAAUCGGGGAUCAACUAGAAUUCCCAUCGAUCGAAUAUUCAUUCACGAACAGUUCAACAACUACAUCCACGACAUUGCCCUCAUGAAACUGAGCAGACCGGCUCCCCUCUCAAAGGUCAUUCGAACGAUCUGUCUGCCUGAAGCUGAGGAAAAAAUAUCGGGGGUCAACUGCGUUGCCUCCGGUUGGGGCAGAUCUGGACCCUCACCUUCACUCUCUAGCGCUCUCUUAGAAGCAAAAAUUCCGUUGUUGAAUAUUGAGGAGUGCAAGAAGGCCUAUGGGAGCACUGUGCUUCUUAGGAAGGGCCAUUUGUGUGCUGGACAUACUGAUGGAUCUUCUGGAAGUUGCGUUGGGGAUUCCGGGGGACCCCUUCAGUGCCGCAGAUCCGACGGAGUCUGGCAGCUCGCGGGCAUAACAUCGUUCGGCUCUGGCUGCGCUCGUCCCGGCUUUCCCGAUGUCUACACCAAGGUCCAGCACUACGUCGAGUGGAUUAAAAAAACGAUAAAAAAUAACGAGAACGACUUGAGAUGA